ACGGCGAACCCGGCGCAAACCAUCUCUUCUACUUUACCUUCUUCUCGAUAGCUCAGUCUUCGGCCAGAAAAAAUCCAUGAACCGAAGGAGGAAGCGCGAGAGGCCCGAUAAUCCCCCUUCUCUCUCCAAGCGGCUACGGCCGCCGCUGGAGGAGGCGGACGGAGAGCCGGAGUCAGCCGCCGCCGGGGCCGGUAGGAGGUCCUCUUCUCCCUCCUUGGUUAUGGUCACAGGCCUCCCCGUCGACUGCACGGUUCUCGAGCUCAAGUCCCGCCUCGAGAUGUACGGCCCCAUCUCCCGCAUCCGCAUCGACGUCGACGGCUCCGGCUACGUCGCCUUCCGCUCCGACCACUCCGCCAAGGCCGCCAUCUCUGCCUCUCUCGAUCCGGCCUUCGGCAUCGCCAUCCGAUCCAAAAGGGUCCUAGUGGUUCGUGCAAGAGAUCCUUUGCCAGAAUGGAGAGUCGGAGUUGGAGUUUCUCCCCCAUCGAAGCUUCUUCGAGCAGAAAUACCCCUGAGUAGGCAUGGUCGUAGUAAUAAGAAGGUUAUUGCAGGCACAACUACAGCAGGCACCAGAUCUGGAUCAGAUCUGCCCUAUAAGGGCAGGGAAAUAAUUGCAUAUGAUGAUCUUCUUUGACAAUGAACGGAAUCAGUUUAUAAGAUUCCCAUCCGUUAGGUAUCGAGGAAGUUAAAAAAGGUACAAGUUUGUUGGCUUCUAUAGGAAAGUCAUUUGUAAGCAUUAGCCUUGUAAUUAUUUAUUACUAUAUAUAUGCUAUUCCUGGUUGGAUGUUUUAGAGAAGCCCUUUAUGUUUGGCAUAUACGCUGCUGGCUGCUUGGAGAGACGCAUCAAUGGACUUUCGCACUUGUUGCCAUUCCCACCAUAUUAUUGUCACCGUAUUUUUCCUUCUUUUUUUGUCCCAAAUGUGUUAUUUUCAAUAUCGUGCACAAGGUUGGAUGGUAUUCUCGGAAAUUAGCAGACAUGCUUUGUUC